AUGGAAGUUGAAGAUCAACCAGUUGGACAAUCAUCAGGACCUGGAGCAAGCAAUCCGUUUGGAUCUGAAUUCCCAGACGAGAAACCACCUCAAAGUAAGCCUUCAAAUUUAUCCAUGGAGGAUAAAUUAGUCUCAAAGAAGUGGAAUGAAAGAGCAAGUGGCUAUGAAGAAUUAGGUGAAAAGCUCAAACAGAUUUCUAGCGGAAAAGAUUCUCUGAUAGGUGAGCAGGCAGAGGGCUUCAAAUAAAUACCUGAAAGAUAAUAACCCCGGCGCAUUAGAAAAAGCUGUCGAAUGCUUUGCAGAAUUUGCCAAGAAAGCUGACCCAGGAGUAAUAUCUGAGCUGAUUGCUACCUAUGUGGAUCUAAUAAUUACUAAAAGUAUCUCCCACUUAAAACCGGUCUUACAAGAUAAAGGAAUGGAAGCAAUUUGAUGUCUUGUAGAUAAUACGGAAGACUUUGGUACAAUUAGUCAAGCUAUUUGCAAAUGAGUAAAGGGAACAAAUGUCAAGGCAGCUGGAGCUGGAGUAAAAUUAAUGAUCCAUCUGAUUCAAUGUUAUGGCAUUGCAAAAUUCCCUCUCAAAGAAUUACUUGGUCCUUUUGAGAAAGCUGUUGGGUCUAAGAAUGCUGCAGUCAGACAAUUAGCUUUGUCAUUCUAUGAAGAAUGUUACAAGUGGAUAGGAGGUGCAAUCCAACCCGCUGUAGAUAAGCUCAAUAAACCCCAACAGGAUGAGUUGAGUAAAUUAUUUAAGAAGUUUGAUGAAAGUGGUGAAGGAAAGCCGAAGCCAUCCCGUAUGACUGCUGCUGAAGAAGAGAGAAAGAAGGAAGCUGAAAUAGAUGAAAUUUGAGCAAAAGAAGAGGAGGAAGAGAAAAUAGCAAUGGAGGCACUAGAUCUUGAAGAAGAUAAAGAUGCCCUUGCUAAAUUUGAUGCAUCCUGGGCUGAAGCUACUCUUGCAUCAAAGAAAUGGACUGAAAAGAAGGAAAAAUUGGAAGAGCUAAACAAAGAAAUUAAUACUGCAAAAAUCCUUCCAAAUCCAAAUAAAGCAAACGUGAUGCAAGUCCUCAAGAAAUUAGUAACAGAUUCAAACAUGAAUGUCUAUGAUGAAGUUGUCAAGGCUAUAGGAUUUCUGGCAGUUGGACUCAAGAAAGAUUUUGCUGAAGAGGCUAAAAUGAUUUUAGGCCUAAUGCUCUCGAAAAUGAAGAAAAAGCCAAGCAUCAUCCAAAACGUGAAUGAAACUUGAGAAAAACUGUUAAAUUCAGUUAUAAUUGAUGAUUUAAUUCCAAUUCUUGAAGAAACUCUAAAAGAUAGAAGCCCAUUGAUUGUGAAAACCACCAUUGAAUAUUACCAGGUUGUAGUUAGGCAGACCUAUAUAGACGAUCUGAAGAAAAUAUACGGGGCUAUUGUCCCUGCUUUUGUCAAACUAGGUGCUCAUCAAGAUGGAUCUGUAAGAGAGCUUAGUCUAAAAACCAUCGGCUUAUUUAAAGGAAGACUUGCAGCAGAUAUAGAAAAAUACCUUGGUGAUUUUAAUCAGCAGAAGCUUGAUAAAGUUAAUGAAGCCUCUGGAGAAUAUCAGCUAACCAAAUAUGAUAAGCCGAGAGUCCAGAAAAAGAAAGCUCCUCCUAAGCCUAAGAAAGAGGAAAAGAAAGAAGAAUCAAUGGACUUUGAUAUGGGAGGAUCACCAGCAUCAAAACCUAAAAAGAAGAAAAAGAAAGCUGGAGGAGGUCCACCUGCUAGUUUUCUGAGCAGACAAAAGAAGAUGCAAGAUAAGGCUACCAAUAAAUUUGAAGAAUUAAAGGCAGAACUCAACGGAGGAGCUCCUCCUGCUAAAUCAUCUAAUCCUGAUCCUCACGAAGAGGAGAAAGUUAGUCCUUCUGACAAUUCUGCUUCUGCCCCACCUCCUGAGAAGAAGGAGAAAGUUGUAGUUGAGGAUACAGGAUCUGGGGUUGCAAAAGAAGACGCUGUAUCUAUAGUUGAAGAAAGAGUUCCGCCAAACAUUGUAAAGCAGUUUGAUGAAACGAAAUGGCAAGAUAAAAAGGAAGCAUAUUCCAAACUCACACAAUGGUUCAUAGGGCAAGAGUACUCAAGUGAGACUCUAGAAGCCUGCAUCUGGUUCAUCAGGAUCAAGAUGAGUGAUUGGAAGGAGAAAAAUAUGAACAUUAUCAAAGGAUGACUAGCUGGAAUUUCUACUCUAUUGGAAGGAACAAGUGGAUUCUCGAAGAAAUCAGCCACUCUUUUAAUACCUUUCCUUGCUGAGAAGAUUGGUGAUACAAAAUAUAAGAAGCUAUGAGAAGAGUCCUUAAUUUCUAUUUCAGAAAUUGUGGCUCCUUCUCUAGUUGUCAAAAGUAUGACAAAGCAUGCAUCUGAAGCUAAGGCUCCAAAUAUAAUAGUCGAAAAUUGAAAGAUAAUUUCUCAGAUAAUAUCCGAUUUUGGAACAGGGGGUCUGCCAAUGAAGGAAAUCAUUAAUCUUGGAACUCAAGGAUGUGAUAAUAAAAAUCCUAAAGUAAGGAGUGCAGCUAUCGAAAUGUUAUCCACAAUCUAUAAGCAUUUGGGAGAGUCAGUGAGAACCUUCCUCAAAGAUAUCAAAGACUCUACUCUUGCUGUGAUAAAUAAAGAGUUUGAUAAGAUUACUCCUCUUGCAAAGGGAGAAUUCAAGUCUAAGAGAGCUGUGAGAAAUGAUGAUGCUGAAGAAGAAACUAAGGAAGAAGAUCCUCUUGAUUGUAUUCCAAGAGCAGAUGUUUCAAAGGAAUUAGGGGGCCAGAAACUACUUGCAAUGAUUAAUAACGAUGCAUGGAAAAAGAGGAAAGAAGCUUUAGAUAAGAUGAAUGCUAUUCUAGACAAAGCAAAUAUGAGAAUUCUUCCAAAUGGUCUCAGUGAAAUUGUUGGAUUGCUCAAAGUUAAAAUGGGAGAUCCAAACAAAAGUGUAGCAAAAGGCUUCCUAGAAUUUGUAGGAAAAUUUGCAGUAGCAUUAGGAACAGCAGCUAAGCAAUAUGCUCCAAUGCUUAUAAAACCUUUGUUUAGAUGACUAUCUGAGAAGAAUACACUUGUGAGGAAAAUCAAUCUUGAAGCUAUUGAGCAGUGGUCUGAUGCUGUAGGAGCAGAAGUAUUGAUAGGAAGCGUAGGAGCUGUAAUUGUCAAAGAUAAUCCAGAAAUCCGAACGGUGUUACUAGACUGGGUUGUCACAAAGAAAGAUUCUAUUGCUAAAGCUGAACUUGGAAGUCUCCCGAAAGCACUCGUCAGCUGCCUUCAAGACAAAGCCCCCAAAAUCAGAGGAAUGGCCGAACUCGUCAUCAUUGAAGUCCUGCCUCACACAGGCCCAGCUCCCUUCAAGAAAAUUGUCAAAGACUUGAAGCCUGCCGUCCAGAACUCUGUCAAGCCUCUCAUGACCAAGUGUAUCGAUGCAGCUGACAUUGGUGACGAUGGAGCUGACGAAGCUCCUGCCAAAGUGAAGUCAGGCAAAGCAAAGCCCGAAGAAGACAAAGGCGCUUCUGACAAAGCUCUUCCAGCUGCGCUAGCCAAGGCCAAAGGACUCAAAGGCAAGAAAGACAAAAGCAGGCCGAAGACUGCUGCUCCAAUGACUGCUCAGGAGAUCCAUGCAAAACUCAACAAGAAGCCCAUGGCACUUGCAGGCAAGAAGAAAGCUGGAGAUGAACUCGAGUUCCAGAUUCUCGAUGUCGGACGCAAAGACAAGCGUAAUGAAGCCGACAAGAAGAAGAGGUGGCAUCCAGAAGAAAUCCGUGGAGAUUAUGUUGAAAAACUCAAAGGAGUCGCCAAGAGCAUGUUCGGAGAUGUGUUCUCAACCAAAAUGUUUUCUUCAGACUUCAAGCAACACAUGAAGUGCAUCAAAGCAAUCCGGACUGUAUUCGACAACGAAGACAUGUUCGAGUCAUUCCUCGAAGUGAUUGAUGUGAUCAUCAAGUGGGCCUACAUCAAGUCGAAUGAGAUCUCCAACAUUUCGUUCUUGAAAGAACUCUACACAUUCUUCGACGAAAUCAUUAACUUCUUGAUCGAAAGAGAGUACCAGUUCAUGGAGGCCGAAGGAAACAUCUUCUGUCUCUGCCUUGUCGAGAAGAUCGGCAUGAACAACAACAUCAUGAAGGAGAAAAUCAAGGAAAUCAUCAUGAAGGUCGGGAACAGCACUGUAUACUUUCCGAAGAAACUGAUGAGCAUCCUGAUGAAGGGACUCAACUCCAAGAACACCAAGACCACUGCAGAGUGCUGCGAGUGCAUUGCCCAGAUGGUGCAGGCCCACCAGCUCGAAGCCAUCAAUGAAAAAGAUGUCAAGGUAAUUGCAAAGCAGUGUGAGAGCGGAGACAAUGGAAUCAGACAGGGUGCACUGUUGGCAGUGGAAGAGAUAUACAAGAUUACAGAAGAUCAGUUCUGGACUUUAGUCGGAGACAAACUUAGUACCAAAGCCAAAGACAUAAUUAUGGCACGUCUCAAUGCUCAUCUUGGUAUCUCACUUAAUUCAACACCUAUUGAAGAUAAGAAGGACACUUUAAGAGCUGAUAAAUCUCCAAUGGUUGGAAAAGGAAGUAUGAGAUCUAGCGGUAUGAACAAGAGUCUCAACAAAAGUUUUAACAAUAAAGGAAAACUGAAUUCUUCGAUUCCAAUGAGUGAGAGAAGAUUAGGUAGGAAUGAUAAUGAGGAAAGCAAAUCUAACAUAGAAUCAGUACAAUCAUCUUCUAACAUUUCUCGAAAAAUGGAUGGAAUGACUACUCCCAGGAGAAGGAAGGACAGCUCUGUCAAUAGAAAACUAGAAAGAAUUAGUUCAGCCAGUCGCAAAACUAAUGAACUUGAAGCUAACUUGGAAAGAGAGAUUGAUAAGAUUAAAAAUAAAGCUAAAGAUGGGGAAGUAAUUCAGGAAAUACUUCUACUCAGUGAAGAUCCUUCCUAUGAACUUGAUGAAAAUUUAGAUUCAAUCGGCAAAAAUAUCAAGCAACUCAAAUAUGGAGAUCUUAGUGGUAAAGUUGAUGCUCUUGUGAUCAUUAACGAAUGAAUUACUGUGAAAGUCAAUGAAGCUAUAAAUAGCCUCUUGAAGAACUCAGCUUUCCUAAUUGAUUCUCUGAGCAAGGUUUUAUAUGAUGUCUUCAAUAAAACAACAGAAAAAAUUCCUCUGAAAUUCGGAAAAUAUUUCAUUUCAAUUCUCAAUAAGAUAUGCUCGAUGAAGGAGAUUAUCAGAAAUGUGGAAGAGCAAAAACUCUUGGCUUUAGUUGAGCAACUUCUGCUAAAAUUAUUAAUUCCUGGACUUGAUGAUCUUGGAGAGCGUAAAGAAGGAAAAGCAAUGUUUAGGAACCUCAACAAUGCUAUUCUUGAAAUACUAAAACAUAGCCAUCCAACAGAUGUGUUUAUUAUUUUCCUUACUCUUCUGAAGAAAUAUAAAGGAUACUCUAAAAUAGAAAAAUUAAAUGGAAUCAUUGUGAAAUGUCUACUGAAAGUGACAAGGAUAAUGGAUCAGCUAAUUGACAAAGUUAAUAUUGAAAGGAUCCUCCUCUCAAUCCACGAAUAUAUUAUUAAAAAUCCUUCUAUGGAAGAGACAAAGUCUGAUGAUGUCGGAAUCCGUAUUACCAAAACAAUAGUCAAUGAGCUUGUUAAGCUCAAGAAAGAAACUAUUUGGGAAUAUUAUGAAGGUGUUGAUGCCCACCUCACUCCUGACAAUUAUAUCAAGAAAUGGAUUGAGAUUAUCUUAGCUUCACUGAAUGGAGGAACACCUGUACAAAGACCUUCAACUGCUCCUGCUCAAAGGCAAACAGAAUAUACAGGAGGAUUAUCAAAUGAUGACCAUGAAACACUAAGAAGCUUGAUUAGUGAAACGAAAUGAGGAAAUCAAUUCAGAACUGACCAAGCCUUUAGAAGUAUUAUAGAGUUCACCAAUGAGUUCCCAACGCUUGACCUCGAUGCCUAUCUCUCAGCUCAUUGAAGCGAAGAAGAGCAAACUGCUAUUCAUACAGGAAUUCUCAAAGCACAGAAGAGAAAGCAGAUGUCAAGCUUAAGUGGCCCGAAGAAUCUGAGUUCUUCAUUCAAAGCUUCGAUGGAAAGUAAACUCCAAACACCAAAGAAAUUAGGGAUAAGAGGUACUGAGAGAGGAGAAAGACAGUCAACAGCUGCUAAGCUGCAAGAAUAUCAGAACAGAUUAAAGAAGGCUAGUAGUGUCAACCAAGAAGAAGACCCAAACAGUAAAUCUAGGCUAAAGCCACCUGCUGAUAAUAAAUUGGGAAAUUCUAUCGCAGCAAUGAACUCUUCGAUCACAGACAAAUGGAAGAAGAUCAAUUCAAAAGGUCUCAAAUCCCAAGCUGGUUUGAACAACACAGUUGGGGGAAGUUUCAAGCGCCCUGCUCUACAGGAUAAAUCUCCUCUUGAAAAAGAGCCUAAUGAGAAUGAAGCUGAGGAGCAAGUUGAGAAGCCAGGAGGAGGAUCUGUGAAGACUAAGAUGGCUCUCCAAGCCAGGCUCAAUGAAGUGAAGGCCAGGCUAGGACAAAUCAAAAAACGCAGGUAAACAGAUUAGCCAAUAAGACACGAAUUAGUAAUAAAAUUAUU